AUGGACCCGAAAAAUGGAAGUUCUUUCACUGGCUUUAUCCUGCUGGGUUUCUCUGACCGGCCUCAGCUGGAACAAGUCCUCUUUGUGGUUCUUCUCAUCUUCUAUCUGCUUACCCUGCUGGGAAACACAAGCAUCAUUGCAUUGUCCCGCCUGGACCCACACCUGCAGACUCCCAUGUACUUUUUCCUCUCCAACCUAAGCUUUCUGGACCUGUGUUAUACGACCAGCACUGUUCCUCAGCUACUGGUUGAUCUCAGGGGAACAGACAAGUCUAUUUCCUUCGCUGGCUGUGUAGCUCAGCUCUUCGUGUCUUUAUGGUUGGGAUCCACAGAAUGCAUUCUGUUGGGGGUGAUGGCGUUUGAUCGCUACGCAGCCGUCUGCAGACCCCUGCACUACACAGUGAUCAUGCACCCCCGUCUCUGUGCCCUGAUGGCUUCUGCAUCGUGGUUCAUUGGUUUUGUCAAUUCCUCAUUGCACACGGUGCUCACCUUCCUUGUACCACUUUGUGGGAGAAAUAAAAUAGAUCACUUCUUUUGUGAGAUCCCCCCACUGCUCAAGCUUGCCUGUGUUGACACUACUGUGUAUGAGUCUGAGCUCUUCUCUGUCAGUGUGAUGAUUCUUCUGAUACCUGUGGCAUUAAUCACAUUCUCCUAUGGUCAGAUUGUCAGGGUGGUCUUGGCAAUAAAGUCAGCUUCAGGGCAGAGGAAAGCGUUUGGGACAUGUGGGUCUCACCUCACUGUGGUCUCCCUGUUCUACGGCACGGCCAUCUAUGCUUACCUCCAGCCCAGCAACAACUACUCCCAGGAUCAGGGCAAGUUCAUUUCUCUCUUCUACACCAUUGUCACCCCCAUGGUCAACCCUGUUAUAUAUACCCUGCGGAACAAGGAUGUGACGGGAGCAAUGAGGAAGGUCUUGGCAGGGAACAAAGGCGCUCGCCAGCACCAUCUCCCUCGCCCAUCUCCCAGCCAAAAUCCCAAAGGGAACCAGUUCCUGCCAGGGAACUUGCUUGCACCGCACAAACACCCAACACUGUGCUUCUUCGGAACCAUCCCUCCGGCGAGUCUGACUCUCUCCCGGUGCCGCAGGGCCCCUCCGGUAGCAGAUCACCGGAGGAGAAGCAAGCUAAGCCUGCCCCUCCCGCCCACGUGCACCUUGCCAAUCCACCCCAGCUAAUACCCCAGAUCCCCAGCACCACAAGCCUGGCAGUGUGCAAGUAGCCCAGACAGGCCACCCCACCCCACAGUGAAUCCUGCCCCUAGAAGAGGGAAAGAGAAGGCACACACCAGUUUGAAUGUGGCCCCAGCGGUGGGCUGGGGGCAGACUUCAGGUCUGACUGUGGCCCCCACCCACCAACGCAAGUUAUUCAAGACAGCACAGGGGAGGUACCUUGCAGUUCCACACCACUCCAGGGACUAUCCAAAAUGACGAAACGGAAGAAUUCCCCUCCAAAAAACCUCCAGGAAAUAAUGAUAUCUAAUGAACUGAUCAGAAACGAUUUAAACAAUAUAACAGAAAGUGAAUUUAGAAUAAUAUUCAUAAAAUUAAUCUCUGGACUUGAAAACAGUAUAAAGGACAGCAGAGAAUCUAUUGCUACAGAGAUCAAGGGACUAAGGAACAGCCAGGAGGAGCUAAAAAAUGCUAUCAAUGAGCUGCAAAAUAAAAUGGAGAUGACCAAAGCACCGAUUGAAGAGGCAGAGGAAAGAAUAGAUGUACUAGAA